AAUAAUAUCGCAUCAAAAGCUGCCACAUUUUGGCCGGUUUCUUCGUACAGAGCAAGAAAGACAUUUACGCCGGAAGACUUGAGGCUGAAAUUGAAACUCAUUCAUCGAAUCUGGUAAAUUUUUACUCUGAUUCACUAUGGAAGAUCAUACAAGAAAUGUUUCAAGUAAACUUACACCUCGGAAAAGAGCUGUAACAACAACAAAAAGCGAUGGAGUCUACAAUAAAAAGUGUAGGUAUGAUGCAGGUGAAUGUUCGAGAACAGAAAUGCCAAAAAAACGACCUUCAUGUCAAUCAACAAAAAGACAAAAAAGACACAAAGAAGACCCUAAAAAGCGGGAAAUAAUUGAAAGACGAGAUGUUUUGGACACAAACAUAUAUUAUACAAGAUUCAACGCAUAUGAAGACAAAAUGAAUAUGUUGAUAAAUUCUCGGGAAAAGAUAUGUAACUUUUUAAAAAGUGUAGGAUUGGACGAAAAUGUCUUUAUUCGGUGUUUUGCACAAAGAACAAAUAUUUUGUUAAAAGACAUUAACAAAUACGAUUACAGUCAAGAUUUUGUUAAUUUUGGAAAACUCGAAUUGUUUCUUGAACACUACAUAAAUACAAAUGUUUUACAAGACAAAUACAAGACCACUGAGGCACCAAAAAUAAUCAACAAAUUUCGACCUCUUUCUCCGGUUGUAAGCAGAGAAGCAAAGAUCGACGAAUCUGGUGAAGACUUAAGCAACAUAACAUCCAAUAUUAUUAUCAUACAAGGGGGAAUUGUAACAUAUUCCCGCCAUUAUAUGACAAUAUGUUAUGUAACAAGAGAUGGUGGCAGAAAUGAUGUUCGUUGCCCAUCUUCUGUCACUGAUUUAACCAGAAUUAGUGAAGACACUGUUCUGGCCACCCUACCCUUUAGAAAAAUUAUUCUUAUUAUCAAUCCCUCGAGUUUUAAAAUUAAAACUCUUCAAUUAGGUUUUAUGAUGGUGUCAUAUUUACAACAUUCUACGUUCAUAGGUGUGGAAAUGUUUAUGAAGACCAUAUACCUUGUUGAUUGGGAUGAUAAUGUAAUUACAAAUAAAUUUGAUGUCAAAGAGAUACCUGCAGAUAUUACUGUAGGGGUACAGUAUCAACUAUUAAUAUCAUUUGCUAAUAUUAAUAGAGUUGUAUGCUAUAAUUUGGAUGGCCAGCAGAUAUUUGAGGUCUACACUCAUUCUCUGGAUCUCCCAACCAAUGUCACUGUGUACCAAAACCAUUUUUAUGUCCUCCAGGGACAUAUAAUUUAUAAGAUUUCAGGUACAGGUGGUGUUUCACAGAGGGAAAUAGGCACGAAAUGUAGGAAUAUUUCUGUUGGCACAGGUGCCAUUUUCUUAACAGAUUAUUUUGGUAUUCUUCGUGUGGUUAAAACAAAUAAAGACUUUUGGCCCAAACUGUCAUACAGCCGCCAGUUGCACACCCCCAAGUUAAACAACCAUAUUUAUAUUGAAGAUCCCUGCAAUAUUACAAAUAUUCUACCUAUGUCAACAUCUUCUAUAUUAAUUACCUACAGGAAUAACAAAGCUAUAUUAUUCACUGAUACGGGGGGAAAAAUUGGCCCAAAUUAUUUAAAUUUCCCCUUCUUUCCUUCAGUCUUUUGUAGAAUGAACUCAGACAGAUUUCUGGUCUUUUAUCGUGAAAUCAAAAGACUUCAGUAUAUCACAUGUCCUGAACUAAACAAGGGUCCUUUAAUACAGGUUCACACUGAUUACAUUAAAAUAUGUCAUAUUGUGUCAAAUAAGUAUUUAGCUCUGAUUACUGAUGAAAACAAAACAGAGGUACAUAUUCAGUUGAUUAAGGAGGACAGGGUUGACAUCAAAAUCAGAAUUUCACUGGAACAUGAUGCUGUUACCAUUGCUGCAACUCCAAUUAAUUUCGUAAUUGUAGACGUAAAGAAACAUAAACUGGUAUUUUAUUCCACAUCAGGUGAAGCACUUUUUGAAAAAUACCUUCAGUUCUAUGGCUGUCUUCAUCACAUCUACUCUGAUAAUGUAUAUUAUUAUGUUCUGUUCAAGAGAGAGUCUGUUGUGAAAUGUUACAAUAUAUAUGGAGACAUUAAAUGGCAGUGGAAACUACCUUUGACUGUUCACUCUCACAUUGCUGUUUUCCAAGGAACUAUUUAUGUGUUGGACAUUGAAUUCCACAGGGUUCUUCUUUACAGGUAUCAUGACUGGUCUGGCUGUUGUUUACCCAUCAAGAAUCCUUAUAUCAGAAAUGUAAAUAUACGACUAAAAGGAAAUGAAUAUGACAAAAUCCUCAUUGGUAAAAUAUGUAAUCUGCCAAAUGGACAGUUAGUGGUGUCCGACACAAGCAUGAUUGCUUGUUGUACAUUUCUAAUGAAGGGGACAUUGUGUCCACAUUGCCUCUGCCGUCUACAGCUACAGAUAUAUGUCGAUGGGAUUGUUUUGGAAUAGGGGUCACAUUACCCCUACAGAAACAAUUAAGGG